AUGUGGGAAGAAGUGUGGCUGGCCGUCGGGAUUGUCCUCGCCGCCACCGCAGCCGUCCUCGGCUUCCGGAAAUUGCUUGAGAAGCGCGCCGGGAAAUCGUUCAACAAUGAAACGAUUAUUGCCAAGAGCGGCCACAUGUGGGAGCAGGUCCAGGAAUUCGACGGCAGCCCUUUCUGCUCGACAUGCGAGCGGCGGCUGGCUCGAGGGUAUCGCUGCGAGUAUUGUAACAUGAUGGUGGAUGAGGUAAAAUGCGCACGCUCGAUCUCGGCCGUCAAGUGCUGUAAGGCGAAUGCUGAAGUGACUUCGGACGACUUGAUAAAACAUCACUGGGUUCACGGCAACCUGCUUGGCGACGCUUUUUGCAGCGUUUGCGGAGAUGAAUGUGGUCAGGAUAUCGGGCUCAGCGAUUAUCGGUGCUCCUGGUGCGCGAGAAACGCGCAUUCAUCUUGCCGGGCCGAGCUUGAGGAGGUGUGCGAUUUUGGGGAGCUGAAGCAGUCGGUCGUCCCGCCCAACAAGGUCACGCUUCGGAAGGCCGGGAGCCGGGGGGUGAAACAGAUGGUCAUCGACGGCAUCAUUCGCCCUGAUGCGCCCCCGGAUUGGCGCCCCGUUUUCAUCCUCGUCAACCCGAAAAGCGGUAGCGGCGCCGGGAUCAAGGUGGCGUCGGCGUUCCGGUUGUUCCUGCACCCAAUACAGGUAAUCGACGUCACCAAAUCUCACAUGAAAGCCGUGCUCCGGUGGCUUGACGAACGGCCAGACAUCGAGGCGCGGAUAUUGAUCGCUGGUGGUGAUGGGACGAUCAGCUUUGUGCUGAACGACAUUGACGAGCUCGAAAAUCGACCACCAGUCGCCGUGCUUCCCCUCGGCACCGGAAACGACUUGAGCCGAGUGCUGGGACUCCUCAACAAAUUCCUCUUCUUCACGUUCGGUACAAAAGACGUUUUCGAGCGCGCUUGCUCGGGCUUGGAAUCUAAAAUUGAGCUGACCGUCGAUGGGAAAGUCGUGGAACUGCCCGAGAUCGAGGGCCUCAUCUUUUUGAAUAUACCGUGCUGGGGCGCUGGUGUGGAGCCAUGGAGCAUGGAGCCCAACGAAGAGAUGCCCCAAUCCUGCUCCGACGGCCGAUUCGAGAUUUUUGCAGUUCGCUCGUCGUUCCACAUUGCUCAAUUGCAGAUUUCCGGCCGUCGUCCGCCCGCCGUGGAGCUGCUCGAGGGGCUCGCUGGGAGUGAGGGCGACCUCUCCGGGCCACCGCUCGCCAAGAAGUUGAGUGAGUCCGUGGAGUCGCUGGUCGAAGAGAGCGGGUGCAAGGUGGAGAACGCGAGGGCCGUGCGACUACGAGAGGCUAUAAUGCGCGGCCACUGGAACGAGGCGCUGUCCGUACUUGAGAAGUCCUACCAAUUCCUGAGUCCCCACGAGCUCGAAACGGCCAAGCUAAUCAUACUCGAGGAGAAGUUCUUCGAGUUGCUUAGCAAGGGAGAGAACACAUUGGCUAUGAAACUGAUGCGGGAGGAGUACCCGAAUAAACGCUCGCUGAGGACGAGACGAACCGAACUUGUCGGGAUGCUCUUUGCUGAUGCAAAUGAGCUGGGCAAGCACCCGGAGAUCAAGAAGUUUGACUCCAGAGACGCACAUUGGCGUCGUCGCCUCGCCAUACGGGUCCAAAAACAGCUCGACCCGGCCUACAUGUUGCCCUGCAAGCGAUUGGAGCAGCUGACGGAUCAAGCCUUCAAAUACCAAGUCGGAAAGUGUCGGCUCCACUUCGAUGGUGAUCAUGUAAAGAUGGCUGACGAUUCGAUUUUCCGGAAUCAUGACUGCACCGAGGCCAAUAAGCCGUUGUUUAAGGCGCAUCAGAUCUUGAAAAAACACACCAGCGAGAUCUACGUAGUCGAAUUUUCGCCCGACGGCAGCAAGGUGGCCAGCGGGUCGAAGAAUGGAGAAGUUAUCAUCUGGCAGGUGGAUCAACGCUCCAGAAAACUCGGCGAUCCCGUGCUAAUCCGCCACAACAUGGACCUACAUGCGGAUGAUGAUCUAGACCAUGGCACCCUCUCCAUGUGGAGCGCCGACUCGGCCAAGCCGGUCGCGAAGCUUGACGAUAUCCAUCGAGGCGUCGUCAACUCGCUCCGCGUCUUCACCGCCAACCUCAUCCACUGCGCCGACAGCCGCCGCGCACGGCCGCAACGCGCCGCCCACCUCAGCGCCAACGGCGUCGGCGGCCACCGCUCAACACCGAUACCUCAACUCGACUCGGGUCAUAAGAAAAAGCCGGUCAACCAGCUCGACUACCUCCGUCUUCAAGCCGUCGCCCGGGCGCGCGGCUUGAUCUUCUCCAACCCAGGAUAUGCCAUU